ACUAGUCGAAUACUUCUUAAAUCAAAGAUGUAACGAAGUAUAUUGGACAUGUCAUUAGCCGUUUGUCAAUACAGCUUUAAUGGGCCAAUGUGUAAUUCAUAAGACCAGUGCGCCCUCAGUGCGAAAUGUCGUUCGGAGGCCGAUAUGCCGAUGGUAAGAAUGUACAAAUGGAAUCAGGCGACGAAGAUUUGACGGACGACAUCGAAACAGUUCAGGUCACAUUAGCCGGAGUAUCGUGCGAAUUCUGCGACAAGGUUGUCCAAACGAAGAAUGGCCUUAUUAAACAUAAAAAACGAUUUCAUCCCGAAGAGCGCAUGCGUGCAUUCAAGUUCAACUGUAGCGAAGGUUGUGAUGUAGCAUUCUCCAGUCUCAGUUUUUUAAGGGAGCACUACAACGAUCACCACGGACUUGAAGCCAAUGUGGUAAAAGCACAAUUCCAAUCUUGGGAUGAAUUUUAUAUAUACAAGGAGAACGAGGAGCAAGAAACGCACUCGAAACUUGUUGUCAAGGACAGGCGUUCUGCAGGUCAAAGGGGCCGCAUUCGGAUUACCUACUGUUGUCACAGGUCUGGCGAAGAAAUCGCGACGAACAAACGCCGUCGUACGCGGUCACGUUCUGGCCUAAGGGAAGGUGUUAUUUGUACAGCUGCCAUGAAAGUCUACGUUCUUCCCGAUGGAAAGGUCGACAUGACGUAUUUCCCAGAACACUGGGGCCACACUGGUGAUAUUCGAUUGUUUCUUAGCAAGGAGCAACGGCAAGAGAUCGCUCGACGACUUAACAGUGGAAACGAUCCCGACGAAAUUGUUCAGGAGUGCUCACGUAGUGAUAAUCCCCGUUUACGCGCUGUCGACCGACAUACGGUGUAUAGAGUUGCUCGUGAUUUCGGAAUACCGUGGGUGUGGGGCAGGCAAGGCCAGAGAUUAUCUCAGGAGCAGCGUAAAACUCGGAUCAUCUCAGCAAUAAGAACAUGUCAAUCGAAGGUUGAACCUGAUCAGGAAAUUGGUAUUAUUGCAGAGGAAGGAGUCGUGCGAGGCGAGCAGGCAACGGAAGAAGAUUUGGCGGUGCAAGAAGUGGACAAUGACGAAGCUGUGCAGCUUCAGCAACGCGCUUUGGAGUGUUUGUCAAGAUUAAGCUCCAAACUACUAGCAGGCACUAUCAACCUUGCUGAAGAUGACGUAACCACUUUGGAAAAUAUCGAAGAAAGACUAGAGCAACGGGAGCAAGUCAGGGAGAUUAGCGAGGAUUUGCCGCAAGAGGGAACCACUUGUAUCUUAAUUUUGGACGCGCAAAACAGCCAAGGUAUUGAGUUACCUGUUGUGGGCACAGAGCCACCGAAAGAUCUGAAUGUAUCGAUUAUUAGCUGCGACCCACCGGUGUCAAGAAACACAUUUGUUAGGAGUCAUCAGAAUUAAUC